UGCCUUCGACAUAGCAAACCAAGUUGUGGGAAAAUUAGGCUCACUUGCUCUCCAAGAAGUUGCCCUUGCUUGGGGUGUCCAAGCUGACCUUGAAGAUCUCAAGAAUACGAUAUCAACCAUUCAAGCCGUGAUCUCAGAUGCUGAGGAGCAGCAAUCCAAAAUCCGCCAGCUCAGUGAUUGGCUUCGAAAGCUCAAUAAUGCUCUUUACGAGGCUAAAGAUGUGCUUGAUGAAUUUGAGUACCGAGGCUUUACGGCGGAAAGUUGCAAAAGGUGGGAGCAUCGGAAAACAGGUACACAGUUUCCUUUCAACUUCAAAUCCACUUGCAUUUCGCUUCAAAAUGGGUCACAAAAUGAAGAACCUGAGAGAGAGUUUGGAUAAGAUUGCAGCUGAUAAGUCUAAAUUUAAUCUCACUGAGAGAGUGGUUGUUGUGGAUGGUGCGCAUGUGGUGCAUAGGAAGAGGGAGAUGGCCCACUCCUACGUGGAUGCUUCCAAUAUUAUUGGAAGAGACCAGGACAAAGAAAAUAUUGUCAGCAUUUUGAUGCAAUCAAGUAGUGAUGAGCAGGAGAAUGUUUCUGUUAUUCCCAUCAUUGGGAUUGGCGGCCUGGGAAAGACAACUCUUGCUAAAUUGGUGUACAAUGAUGAAAGGGUAGUUGCACAUUUUGAUAAAAGAAUGUGGGCUUGUGUGUCUGAUGAGAAUUUUGAAAUUGAGAAGCUAACAAAGAAGAUUCUUAUGUCUGCAACCAGGGGAAGCGCUGCUGAAUCGUCUAUGGAUCUAUUUCAAAAUGACAGAUCUUCACUUGCUGACUUAUCCAUGGAUGAAUUGCAAACUCAUCUAAGAAAUGCAUGACACAAUAACAGAUAUUUACUUGUACUAGAUGAUGUUUGGAAUAACGAUCGUGAGAAAUGGCUCGAGUUAAAAGAACUGCUGAUGGGUGGUGCCGGUGGAAGUAAAAUUGUGGUGACUACGCGCAAAAAUUCAGUGGCUUCAAUCAUGGGUAAUUUUCCCACACACGAAUUAAAGGGUCUUUCCCACGAUGAUUGUUUGUCUUUGUUUGUCAAAUGUGCAUUUACAGAUGGGCAAAUUAAGCAUUACCCGAACCUUGUAAAACUUGGGGAUGAGAUUGUUAAGAGAUGUGGAGGGGUUCCUCUUGCAGUAAGAGCUUUAGGGGGCUUCCUUUUUCGAAAGGUGGAUGAACAUGUUUGGGUAUCGGUGAGAGAUAAUGAAAUAUGGAAAUCAAAAGAAGAUAGAAUUUUGCCUGUAUUGAAAUUUAGCUAUGAUGAGCUUCCAUCUUACUUGAAACAAUGUUUUGCCUUUUGUUCACUGUUUCCAAAAGAUUUUGAGUUCAACAACAGGGAGUUGAUUCAAUUUUGGUUGGCACAUGGUCU